AUGACAGCAACUAUGUUAGUGGCGUAUCACGUUUUCGAUCUCGCUCGCCCUGGCAUCGCAACCCCGCGGACAUCGCAUUUAGGCCCUAUCGCCUUCCGCGUUCCACACGCUUCCCCCCACCGUCUCUCACACACUCCCCCACGCACACCCACGCUUCCUCUCACCGUCGCCCGAGCUCUUCCCCACCGUCGCCCGAGCUCUUCCCCACCGUCGCUCACGCUUCCCCUUACCGCCGCUCACGCUUCCUCCUGCCUUCACCAACGCUUCCCCACAUCGUCGCUCACGCCUUCCCCCACCUUCCCUCACGCUUCCCCGCUCAUCGCCUACGGUUCCUCCCACCGUCACUCACGCUUCCCCCCACCGUCGCUCACGCUUCCCCCCACUGUCGCUCACGCUUCCCCCCACCGUCGCUCACGCUUCCCCCCACCGUCGCUCACGCUUCCCCCCACCGUCGCCCACACUUUCCCCCACCGUCGCCCACGCUUCCCCCCACAUCGCCCACGCUUCCCCCCACCGUCGCCCACGCUUCCCCCCACCGUCGCCCACGCUUCCCCCCACCGUCGCCCCCGCUUCCCCUCUCAUCGUCCUCCCUGUCGCCUGGAAAUGAGCCUCCCCGCCGACCUCCCUUCUCUCCCACCUCUCUCCACGUCGGUUAUUCCCAGCCUGCACCAUCAGAUGUCGGCUCUUUCUCCCCCUCGUUCGUCUGCCUGCAUCCAGCGCUUCUCUUGUACUGCAGUGUGCCCCUGCCUCUUUGGCGCCUCAGGUGUUUCCUUCCUCCCUCGUCAUAUGGCUGAGUUACUCUGUCGUCCACGCUUCCCCCCACCGUCACCCACGCCUCCUCCCACCGUCGCCUAUGCUUCCCCCCACCGUCGCCCACGCUUCCCCCCACCGCCACCGUCGCCCACGCUUCCCCCCACCGCCACCGUCGCCCACGCUUCCCCCCACCGCCACCGUCGCCCACGCUUCCCCCCACCGCCACCGUCGCCCACGCUUCCCCCCACCGCCACCGUCGCCCUCGCUUCCCCCCACCGCCACCGUCGCCCACGCUUCCCCCCACCGCCACUGUCGCCCACCGCCAGUGGCCAGCAGCACCCUUCCGUCGCAUACACGUUCAUUUCCCCUUCCCUCAUCUCCCCAUUCCUCAUCUCCCCUUCCCUCAUCUCCCCAUUCCUCAUCUCCCCAUCCCUCAUCUCCCCAUUCCUCAUCUCCCCUUCCCUCAUCUCCCCAUCCCUCAUCUCCCCAUCCCUGACCUCCCCAUCCCUCUCCUCCCCAGCCCUCUCCUCCCCAUCCCACACCUCCCCAUCCCUCAUCUCCUCAUCCCUCAUCUCUCCAUCCCUCAUCUCCCCAAUCCGCCUCACCCCAUUCCGCCCCACCCCAUUCCACCCCACCCCAUUCUGCCCCACCCCUUUCUGCCCCACCCCAUUCCGCCCCACCCCUUUCCGCCCCACCCCAUUCCGCCCCACCCCUUUCUGCCCCACCCCAUUCCUCGUUUCCUCUUUUCCUCGUUUCCUCAUCCCUCCUUUCCCGAUCCCAUCAUUCCUCUGCCAAGUUUCACCCUCCUUCCCACCCUCCUCCCCAGCCUCUCUUCCUCCCCUCCCUUCUGCUUCUCCCCCAAGCAUCCUCCCUACCUCCCUUCCUCCCAUCAUCACUUCCUUCCUUUAUUCCUGCAUUCCUCACUUCCUUCCUCCGUUCCUCCUUUCCUUAUUUGCCAGUUGUCAUUCUUUUGCAUGCCUGCUUCCCUUAUACUUCAGCCACGUCACAUCUGACUUCUGGGUUUGUGAUGUGCUGGCUGUCUGA